AUGUCUGCUCUCAGCACGUUGCCCUUCCUGAAGCCGGUGCACCUGCGGUCGCCCCGCAGCUCGCCCGGGGGCCAGCGCCGGCACACACUGCCCGCCAGCGAGUUCCGCUGCCUCAGCCCCGAGGAUGCUGUCAGCGUGUUCGAGAUCGAGCGUGAAGCCUUUAUAUCAGUUUCUGGGGACUGUCCCCUGCACCUGGAUGAGAUCCGCCACUUUCUGAGCCUGUGCCCGGAGCUGUCCCUCGGCUGGUUUGAGGAAGGGCGGCUGGUGGCAUUCAUCAUCGGCUCCCUCUGGGACCAGGAGAGGCUCAGCCAGGCAGCACUGACCCUGCACAAGCCACAGGGCUCAGCUGUGCACAUCCACGUGCUGGCCGUGCACCGCACCGUCCGCCAGCAGGGCAAGGGCUCCAUCCUGAUGUGGCGCUACCUGCAGCACCUGCGCUGCCUGCCCUUCGCCCGCCGCGCCCUGCUCAUGUGCGAGCACUUCCUCGUGCCCUUCUACCAGAAGUGCGGCUUCGAGGCGCUGGGGCCCUGCGAGGUGACCGUGAGGGACCUGGCCUUCGUGGAGAUGCAGCACCCCGUGCGGGGACACGCCUUCAUGCGCAGGAACAGCGGCUGCUGAGGCCCCUCUGCUCUGGCCGGCCUGGGGGGAUGAGAGGCUGCAACCUCUCUCCAUCCCCACCACCGUGAUCCAUCUUCCCUGGCUGGCCCUGGAUACAGCUCUCCCCCUGUCACAUCUGCCUUCCAGCCACAUCAGCCUGGCCCCAUCCCAUCCCUGCAGGGCUGGGCACAGAAAUUCCUGCCAGAUCCUGCUGGAAGCAUCGAUUCCCCGGGUUCUGCUUUAGCCAGGGCUGUGCUGGCAGGUCUGGGUGGGCUGCAGGGCCACGAGCCCCCCUGGGAUGGAAAGGCUUUGCCCUGGGAAUGGCUGGGGGCUCUGCUGGUUUGAGGGCACUUCCACCCACCCCAGUUUGCUGAGACACCCGGCAGAGCUCCUGCAAACACGUGCCUCAGCCUGGCACCCCUCCAACCAACACCACCACCACGAGUGGAGCACACCAUGGCCAAGCCCUCCCUGAGCAGCCCCCAGACAUCCUUCCAGACCCCUUGGAGCACAUUCCCCCUGCCCAUGGCCACCCUCAGCUGCACAUUGCAGAGCCUCCCUAGGGAAUCAGUCCAAACCAUUUGAUCCUCCCUGUCCCAGACCCACAGCUGGUCCAGGACAAGCCUUCUACAAACAACUCAGGUUGUUGGAAAGCAGCAAAUAAAGAUGUGGUGGUGAUUUUCUA